UGCUGUGGGGCCAAAGCACAGAACCAGGCCUGAGGGAGGGGACACUGGAGACUUGGCUCAGCUCUGCAGGACAUUGGGGGAGCCCCUCCCCCGGCAGAGCCACACUCCUUUGAAGGGGCUACCUGGGGAAGGAGGCCAGAGCAUGUGAGCUGGGGUGGACGGCUGAGGUGUGGGUAUGCAGAGGACACUGUGACCAGGACAAGCACACCAGGCCACCCCUCUGCCUCUUUCAGGCCAAGGUUAGAGCAGAGGCAGUGGCCCUGGGAGGGCUUGGCCUGGCUGGCUUCCCAUGACCCUGAACCCGUGCUGUCUCCACCUCCCUGUGUCUGCAGGAGCCCCCUGCGGGCUGUGGCACUGCCUGCCCUGAAAAAUGCUGGAGGCUGGGCGUGGCCCCAGGCCUGGGGACCUGUUUUUCCUGUUUCCCGCAGAGUUCCUGGCAGCCUGGUCCAGGCGUGUGCAUUCAUGAGUGAGGAACCUGAGCAGGCGCUGAGCAUCCUGACCUCAAGAGCAGGGGCUGGUCAGGUACAGGGGUGCCAGGGCGGGUCCACUGGCUCGGAGGCUCAGGCAGGUAUGCGUGCAUGUUGUGCACGUGUGUGCACUAAACUGGGAUUAGAUUGGGUGGUCCCAAAGCAGGUGCCCUGCCCCGCUUCCUCAUCCCAGGCUGUGAUGAAUUCAGGCUUUGGAGCCAGACAGCCCUGGGUGUCAAGCCCAGCUUUUCCAAUUCCUGGCAGUGUGACCUUGAACAAAUAGCUUAACCUCUCUGGCAGUACCUACCAAGGGGUGGAGGUGGGGGAUGGGGAUGAAAUGAAGAGGCUGCGUAGAAGCUGCUCAGCCCAGAUCUGGCCCCUACCAAGCAGGUUGGCUGGCAGUGGGGGCUCCAGGAUGAAGAACUGCUGAUCAGGUUGACCUGUGACCUGAGCCAGCCUCUUCCAUUGUGGGAUGGACCUGGAUAGGAACUGCGGCCCAUCCCUAGCUGUGUGACCUUGACCAAAUUACCCAAAUGAUCUGUGUCUUAGCCUCUUGAUUGGAAAACUGGGGAUGGUGACCUGACUCCCGGAGCAUGUGUCCCUGCAGGGCGAUGGCGGAAGGCCCCGAGAAUGGCACCACCAAUGGCACUUGGGAUGGGGAUGAGCUCGGCUACAAAUGCCUCUUCAAUGAGGACUUCAAGUACGUGCUGCUGCCCGUUUCCUAUGGCGUGGUGUGCGUGCUCGGGCUGUGUCUGAACGCGGUGGCGCUCUACAUCUUCCUGUGCCGCCUCAAGACCUGGAACGCCUCCACCACGUACAUGUUCCACCUGGCUGUGUCGGACACGCUGUAUGCGGCCUCCCUGCCGCUGCUGGUCUAUUACUACGCCCGCGGCGACCACUGGCCCUUCAGCACGGUCCUCUGCAAGCUGGUGCGCUUCCUCUUCUACACCAACCUGUACUGCAGCAUCCUCUUCCUCACCUGCAUCAGCGUGCACCGAUGCCUGGGUGUCCUACGCCCUCUGCGCUCCCUGCGCUGGGGCCGGGCCCGCUAUGCCCGCCGGGUGGCGGCCGCCGUGUGGGUGCUGGUGCUAGCCUGCCAGGCCCCCGUGCUCUACUUCGUCACCACCAGCACCCGCGGAGGCCGCAUCACCUGCCACGACACGUCGGCGCCUGAGCUCUUCAGCCACUUCGUGGCCUACAGCUCGGUCAUGCUGGGCCUGCUCUUCGCGGUGCCCUUUGCCGUCAUCCUGGCCUGUUACGUGCUCAUGGCGCGGCGGCUGCUGCAGCCAGCGUACGGGACCACGGGAGGCCUGCCGCGGGCCAAGCGCAAGUCCGUGCGCACCAUCGCCGUGGUGCUGGCUGUCUUCACCCUCUGUUUCCUGCCUUUCCACAUCACCCGCACACUCUACUACUCCUUCCGCUCGCUUGACCUCAGCUGUCGCACCCUGGACGCCAUCAACAUGGCUUACAAGAUCACCCGGCCGCUGGCCAGCGCCAACAGUUGCCUUGACCCCGUGCUCUACUUCCUGGCUGGGCAGAGGCUCGUGCGCUUUGCCCGAGAUGCCAAACCACCCACAGACCCCACCCCCACCACCCGGGCUGGUCGCAGGCUGGGCCUGCGAAGGUCGGACAGACCUGACCUCCGGAGGGCAGAAGAUGUGUCAGCCAGCAGUGAGGACUCCAGGCGGACUGAGUCCACUCCAGCUGGUAGUGCGAACACUAAGGACGUCCGGCUGUAGGUCCUGAACCCUUUGGGCCUGUGCAAGUUUAUUUGGAGAGGAGGGGAGAUGUCGAGGACCAAGACUUGUGCAAAUGGGAUGGUCUCCCAGGUAUGGGCCAUCAGUGACUCAUACUAGGUGAUCAAGGAAGCCAUGACCCCAUGCUCUGUCAUUUGGCAGGGGCUCAGGAUACUCCCUCCUCCAUGGUCCAGAAGAGAGUCGGCUGUCCCCAUAGUCCCCACUUAUCAUUUGUAUGUGUGAUUGGGGGAAUAAGGUUUCAAGAAAGGCAAGUGUUCACGGCAGUGCUGCCCUGGCGUGACUCCCAUGCAGAUUAGCUGGCUGUACCUGCCAAGGUGCCCAGGCUGGAGUCCAGUCUAUUUAAGUCAAAUGGAGAAACAUGCCUAGAGAGGAAGGUGUCUUACAAAGGUCACACAGCAAGGUCUGAGUCUGAGCCACCUGGGGUGGGGACAGAGUCACAGCUUGGCCGGAGGACCCUGGUAAGUAGUCAGGGCUGAGUUCCCAUGGUGGUCUGGGGCAGGACUGGGUGCCACAGUGGACUCAGCUGUGAGGAGUACGCCCUGCCCAAGAGACGAGCAUCUGGGGACUGACGUCAUAGACUCCUCUGGAGGCUCCCCCGGGCUGGGAGCCAGUGUGAAGCUGUAACUUAUACUAAAGGCUUUGUUGCCUGC